CCCGUCUCCUCGACAUUGCAAAUUCGCCGGCGUUUCGGCAGGAGCAGCAGCCGAAGCGACCCCGCGGCAGGAGCCGCCGCCAGCCCCGCUCGCUCGGCUCCUCCGGGCGUCCAGCCUUGUUUUGAAGGGAGCUAACAUGGCGACGGUGCCCGUCUAUUGCAUCUGUAGGCUGCCCUACGACGUAACCCGCUUCAUGAUCGAGUGCGAUGCCUGCAAGGACUGGUUUCACGGCAGCUGUGUGGGUGUUGAAGAAGAAGAGGCACCAGAUAUAGACAUCUAUCAUUGUCCAAAUUGUGAGAAAACCCACGGCAAGUCUACUUUGAAAAAGAAAAGAAAUUGGCAUAAACACGAUACCGGACAGACGACAGAGGUCAAACCUGUACAGAACGGGAGCCAAGUCUUUAUAAAAGAACUUCGAAGUCGUACUUUUCCAAGUGCUGAAGACAUAGUCGUGAAAGUGCCGGGCAGCCAACUAACAACAGAGUAUUUGGAAGAAAAUGGCUUUGCAGAGCCCAUCCUUGUCCCAAAGAAGGAUGGCCUGGGUUUGUCUGUACCUGCACCCACCUUCUACGUCAGCGAUGUUGAAAACUAUGUUGGACCAGAGAGGAGUGUUGAUGUCACUGAUGUCACCAAGCAGAAAGACUGCAAGAUGAAGCUCAAGGAAUUUGUGGAUUACUACUACAGCACAAACAGGAAAAGGGUCCUCAAUGUGACCAACCUGGAGUUCUCGGACACGAGGAUGUCCAGUUUUGUAGAGCCUCCAGAUAUAGUUAAGAAGUUGUCCUGGGUGGAAAACUAUUGGCCUGAUGACGCUCUUCUGGCUAAACCAAAAGUUACCAAGUACUGCCUGAUCUGUGUGAAGGACAGCUACACAGAUUUCCACAUAGAUUCGGGAGGAGCUUCUGCAUGGUACCAUGUGCUGAAGGGAGAAAAGAUAUUUUAUCUCAUCAAACCAGCCUCUGCAAAUAUUUCUCUUUAUGAACGCUGGCAAUCGGCAGCAAACCACAGUGAGAUGUUUUUUGCAGACCAAGUAGAUAAAUGUUACAAAUGCACAGUUAAACAAGGACAGACACUCUUCAUUCCAUCAGGUUGGAUAUAUGCAACUCUAACACCUGUAGACUGCCUGGCCUUUGCAGGACAUUUUCUACAUAGUCUAAGUGUUGAAAUGCAGAUGAGGGCAUAUGAAGUAGAAAGACGAUUGAAAAUUGUCAGUCUGACCCAGUUUCCAAACUUCGAAACUGCAUGUUGGUAUAUGGGAAAGCAUCUACUAGAGACUUUCAAAGGUUUGCAUAAAGCUGGGCAACAACCUCCUGCUCAUUUACUCCAAGGAGCAAAAAUUCUCAAUGGUGCUUUCAGGUCAUGGACUAAAAAACAGGCUUUAGCAGAGCAUGAAGAUGAACUACCAGAAAACUUCAAACCAGCACAACUUAUCAAGGACCUUGCCAAAGAAAUAAGAUUAAGUGAGAAUGCUUCGAAAGCCAGCAAAGCAGACACGAGUGCCAACACAAAUGCUGAGGAGAUCUGUCCUGUGGAGAAGGAGGAGGCACCAUCACCCGUCCAAGUGACGCCUCCACCCCCACCUGUAGAAAAGCUCCCUAAAAAAAAGACUCCCAAAACUGUGAAAACCCCCAAACAACUCAAGCCAUCCAAACCCCCCAAACCUCCCAAGCCACCCAAACCCCCUAAGCCUCCCAAAACACCAAAAGUUAAGGGAGAAGGAAAAAAGAAAGGAAAGAAGGCAAAAGAAAGUCCACCGCCAGCCAUCCCGAAUCUCGACUUGCUGGAGGCACACACAAAGGAGGCUUUGACAAAGAUUGAGACGCCAAAGAAGGGGAAGGCUGCAAAGAAUGUUUUAAGUGUUCCCAAUAAGGAAACUGCUAGUAAGCAGAAUGAGGUGGAGAAGUUUGAAGUUCGAGAGCAAAAUAAAAGCAAAACAGAAGCCAAAUGGAAAUAUAAGAACAGUAAACCUGAUUCACUUCUAAAAAUGGAAGAGGAACACAAAUCAGAAAAGACACCUUUAUCAGGAAAUAAGGACAACAAAUUUACAUUCUCUUUCUCUAAUAAGAAGUUGCUUGGUUCAAAGGGAGUCAAAACCCAGCUGAAUACUAGUGUGUUUGGAUCACUGCAGAAUUUUAAAGAAGACAAAGCAAAACCUGUACGAGAUGAAUAUGAAUAUGUGUCAGAUGAUGGUGAACUAAAAAUUGAUGAGUUUCCAAUCAGAAGGAAGAAAAACACUACAAAAAGAGAACUGCCCUUUUUAUCCGAUAAAAAAGACACUCUGCAGCACACUCCUGUUAAGAAGCCAAAGGUGGAGUCAGUAUCAUACAAGAGCGAUGACUCGUCAGAUGAAGAUUUGCUUCACAUUGACACAGAGGCAAAGCCAGGGCGCAAUUCCAAAGUAAAGAAAGAGAGUGGAAGUUCAGCAGGAAUUCUUGAUCUUUUGCAGGCAAGCAAGGAAGUUGGGGGUUUAGAGUAUAACACCAACAGUCAGCCACCUGCCUCACCCAGCACGCAAGAAGCAAUCCAGGGCAUGCUAUCGAUGGCAAACCUCCAGUCGUCAGAGUCCUGCCUCCAGACGUCAUGGGGUACCAAUCAGGCGAAAAAUAACUCCAUCUCCACACAAAACUCUAAAAAAACAGGUGGUGGCAGCAACAAAAAUGCCGGCAAGCGGUUACUAAAGAAAAGCACAAAGAACAGUAUUGACAUUGAAGAUUAUGAUGAAGACCAGGACCACUUAGAUGCCUGUUUUAAAGAUUCAGAUUACGUUUACCCUUCUCUUGAAUCAGAUGAAGAUAAUCCAGUAUUCAAAUCCCGAUCAAAGAAAAGGAAAAGUUCAGAUGAUGCCCCUUACAGUCCAACGGCACGAGUUGGCCCCUCAGUGCCUCGACAAGACAGACCGGUGCGAGAGGGCACAAGAGUUGCCUCCAUUGAAACUGGACUUGCCGCUGCUGCCGCGAAGUUGUCACAGCAGGAGGAACAAAAAGGCAAGAAGAAAAAAAAUACCAAAAAGAAGCUGUCAACCAACAACGCGAACAAACCGGCUCAGGAAGGCAGCUCGCCAGAGCCGAAGCUGGAGUCACAUGCCAGCAGCCUCACAGAUCACGAGUACACCGCAGGGGCCAGCACCUUUGGGGUCGCCCAGCCUAACAGGGGAUCGCAGCCGAUGGCACCCGGUGUUUUCCUCACACAGAGGAGACCCUCAUCAUCCUCGCAGAACAAUGCCUCCGCCAAAGGUACCAGGAAACGCCUGGGGUUAUGGUGUAGGAAUGGGGAAGGGUGAAUUGGUCAUGUAAUCCGUGCCUUUUGCAGGGCCCUCACAUGUUGUGUCUGCCGUGGGAAUGUAGAAGUGCUUCGGCAGGUCAGAUCUGGUCGGAGAUAGGGACCAUGGCCUUGGCUGUCCUGGCACUGGGGGCCCAAAUAUGCGUUUUGCUGCUGGGCUGAUUGCUGCAGGGUGUGAGGCAUCCCAUGCUAGGAAGUACUCCUGAGCAUGCCCCGAGGCUCCUGAGGAACACCUGCAGUGGUCACAUCACAGUCCAGCCUGUCUGGUGAAGCCUUGUCCGGGGGAAGAUGCAUCCGUGAAGGCUGUUCUGCCCAGGGCUAGGUCAGGCACUGCUGUGGCUGGGUGGUGUUUGCACAGCAAUACCAGUGCUGACAUGUACGUGAGGACAUCCUACCCAGCGGGUGUAGAGCAGUGCAAAUCUGCAAACCUGUCUUGAGAGUUGCCACAAGGGAGCAGAGGAAUAUCAAACCUUGGGAGUAACACAGCUACAUAACCAAAGCCAAGAGGGAGGAAGAGGUCACUUGUUUUCUGCUGUAGGGAAAGCAUUACAAAGCUGAGGCCGUCCUGGAGUCUGGGCUAGGACCUCCUCAUCUCUGCUUGAACUUUGCUCAGGAAGUGUGACAGAGGCAGGUGUGUGGGACAGGCACAGCGCAGUGUGAAGAUUAAGUGAGCGGCCCCACUGGGAGAGGCCCCGAGGUAAAAAGUGAGGCAACGUGGCAGAUGUUUCCCGCAUUCCCCUAUGUUUGUAGUGGAGCAAAUUACAGGUAGUGCACAGUGUCGUGGCAAACAGUAGAACAUCAGAGCAGCUUGAAUGGGCCAUACAGGAGGGCAUGCAUAGCCCAUGGUAGGUGCUAGGGUCCUGCCAGGAGCUGGUAAUACCUGUGGCUGUCUGCAGAACCAGAGUGGAAUGAACGUUUUUUGCCUGGAAUUGUGUCUGUGGUGAAAUGGUUGCAUUAGUGAAACAGGUCCAAGCCAGUGGAAGAUGUGAUGGGAAGAGGAGUGCUGAAUGGAGCUGAACCCCAGUCUGGCCGGUGAGGUGGGCGGCCCA